AGCGGUUGGUUUGCUGGUUGGACGUUCGGUCGCUGCGAUGUCGGGGCGCGGAAAGCAGGGCGGGAAGGCGCGCGCCAAGGCCAAGUCGCGCUCGUCGCGGGCCGGGCUGCAGUUCCCCGUGGGCCGCGUGCACCGGCUGCUGCGCAAGGGCAACUACGCGGAGCGGGUGGGCGCCGGCGCCCCGGUGUACCUGGCGGCCGUGCUGGAGUACCUGACGGCCGAGAUCCUGGAGCUGGCGGGCAACGCGGCCCGCGACAACAAGAAGACGCGCAUCAUCCCCCGCCACCUGCAGCUGGCCAUCCGCAACGACGAGGAGCUCAACAAGCUGCUGGGCAAGGUGACCAUCGCGCAGGGCGGGGUGCUGCCCAACAUCCAGGCCGUGCUGCUGCCCAAGAAGACCGACAGCCACAAGGCCAAGGCCAAGUGAAAAAGCUGAGGACAGUGCGUGGAGAAACCCAAAGGCUCUUUUCAGAGCCACCCACAAUGCCUGAAAAAGAGCUAAAUUGCUUCUAUAUAAUAUAGGAAUUGUAUUAAGUGCCUUCAAUAAAUUAAGUUUUGGAGAAGCAGUACUAAAUUCUUUAAUGA